GGGUAGAAGAAGAAGUUUGAGGCCUCGUGAAGCGCGAGCCACCGCUUCCAGCGAUCUUGUUCGGACCGUUGAGCGCAGCUGAGGAAAACCACGAUGGGUUGCUUGCCGAUGUCCGGCAACCGACUGGGCUUCUCGCAAGUGACCAAGAAGCCCAAGUUCGUGUACGUGGAGGGCAUCCGGCUGUCGCCCGCGCUGACGCAGGACAGCAUCGUCUUCUCGCUCAACUUCGACCCGCUGGCCACGGACAUCGUGAUCGACUCGUAUCCCGGCUGCGGCAGCUCCUGGGUCGUGCAGAUCGUCCACCUGCUGCUCAACAACGGCCACCUCGGGAAGAUCGCCGAGUCGCUCACCAGGGAGGUCUGCUACCUCGAGGCGGAAGGGAACCAGGUCGACUCAUACCGGGCUCCACGGAUCAUCAAGACUCACCUACCGUUCAAUGGCAUCGCCUACAACCCUUCAGCCAAGUACAUCUACAUCGCCCGCAACGUCAAAGACUGUUGCGUGUCCAUCUACCACAUCAUGAAGGCGUACCCAGAGGACUAUCAGUUCCAGAACGGGACGUUCGAGGACGUCUUCGAGUGCUUCAUCCGCGGCGAGAUGGAGUACAACGACUACUUCGAUCACCUGCUGCCCUGGUGGAGCUACAAGAACGAGCCCAACAUACUGUUCCUCGUCUUCGAGACCAUGAAGAAGGAGCCCAAGGAGCACGUGCAGAUCAUCGCCAAGUUCCUGGGCGGCGUCGCCAACGACUUCAUCCAGGACCAGAACAAGCUGCAGUCCCUGCUGCGCCUGACCAACAUCCUCUUCAUGAAGCUCAAGGCGCGCGAAUACGCCUCCGUCUUGCCCAAGAGGAAGUUCUUCGUUCGGGAGGGCGUCAUUGGCCAGUGGAAGAACUUCUUCACGGGCGAGCAGUCGCGCCGCAUGAACAACAGGUUCUUCCAGAGGACUGUCGACACGCCCAUGAACUUGCUCUGGAAAGGGAUGGGCGUCUUCGACUGACUGCUGUCGUGUGGGCUUUUGCGACAGCUGUGCAUGCCUGGCGACGCACAUCGAAACGUAACCGGUCGAGACAAGUGGACUCAACACCAGGACUGGGGACCGACCACGACGACUCUCUCUUGUCUCUGAUGUCAUUGCCACGUCUUUGUCAUGUUUUUGAGAACCCGAUUUGUUAUGAUCAAUUCACCGAUAACAAUUAAAUCUAGCAGGUACGCUGGACGCA